UUUAGGUCUAGGUUCCGCGGCUACAAUAUCAGCCGUUUUAUACGCUAAUACGAAUCACCCCGAAUGGAAGAAUGAGUUUCCGAACUGGGUGGACCGAUGCAAACAGAUUCUGAAGAAAUGGCGCGCUCUGCCCGCAGAACAAAAAGCGCCGUACUUACAACGCGCGAGGGACAACCGAAGCGCCAUUCGAAUGAAGAAAGCCCAACAGAGCACGAGCAGUCCGAACGAGGAACCUGCGGCAAAUACGUCACCCGCGCCGCCCAACGUGACAAGCGUGACGAACGUGAGUGGCGUGACCGGAGUGACUGGCGUCACGGGCGUGACUGGCGCGACAGGCGUAACGGGCGUUACGGGUGUGGCCGGUUUGAGCUGCGUGACCAGCGUAACGAACACGGACCAAGAGCGCGCUUGCAACCAGCAGCGAAGUGCCCGUGAAGCGGAACAAGAGCGGCAAUGGAAGCAACUUCAGCAAAUGCGCCAACAACAGACACAACAACAGCAACAAAUCAUACACGACCAAAGAAUACAAGCAAUGCAGCGCUUGCGUACAGACGGAAGUCCUCCCUCAGGCGCAGUGGGACCGCUUCCUACAACCGUGUUGCAAGCGUCGGGGCCAGCCAACGUCAACGCUGAGGCGCCGAGGAGCGCUUUCCCCGCUCAACGCUUCCCCCUGCACUACGCGAACAGUGAUGACAACAUCAACAGACAACUGCGGGAUCUUCUACAACGACACCCGGAGAAAAUGUGGCCUCCACAAGCCGCUAACGAAGAGAGUGGCAGUAGCAACUUAAAUGCCGAAGGACAAGCAUUCAGGUUACCGUUGCCAGUUGGAGUGCGACCGCGGACUCCGCUACAAUCCAUGCACAGACCAGAUCACCAUUUGAUAAUGCAGCAGCGCCACAUGGCGGCAGAUGGUAAUCAGCAACAACAAAAUAUGCAAAACGUAAACACGCAACAGAAUAUGGAACAGAAACAAAACACUCAGCCUCAAUCAAGUAGUGAUAGCAAACACGACGGGACAGAUCAUGGAAAUGAUGAAAUGGAUAUUGGAGACAUGGAUAAACUCGAACAAGAUCCAGGGAAUAUUGGAGAGGUUGAUAUUUUGACUGGUCUUGGCGCGGAAGAUGAUGAACAAUUAUUGGAAUCGUUGACUGCUGAAAUUGGUGAACAAUUCAAUAUACUAGAGUACGCAGAUCCUGAACUGGCAACUCUUCAUGCGGCUGAUCACUUAUUGGACUCCCUGGACUUACCUGAUGAUGGUCAUCAUACCUCCAAUGCUAAUGCAGGACGAAGGAACGAAGCUGAUCAAAAAUCUGACGUCAAAAUGAGCAGCGACCUGCAAUCAGCUGUUAAGACAAUUGGAACUAAAUCGGAAAUUAAGUCGGAGGUUGUAGAAAUAAAAUCAGAGGUGCUUGAAAUGAAAUCUGAAGUGACCGUACAGGGAACAGGCCAAGUGUUCCAAGAUGGUGGAUCGAGAGUUAUAACUCAAAACCAACAAAUUGCUUUGCAGUCGGCAAUGCAAGCGAUUAAAGCUGAAUUGAAGCCCGAACCUGAAGAUAACAAAACAGAAGCUGAAUGGCAGCGACCUGUAUUCUCACAAAAUAUAUUUGGUGUUCAGCAGCAACAACAGCAACAUCAGCAACAACAACAGCGACAACAAAUCCAGGGUGCAAGGCCAGUCCUAGCAGAAGGUGCGAGGCCACCCUUGCAGUUCUCUUCACACCAUAUGCAUUUUGCUCAGGGUAACUCUGGAGUGACUAGCGCAAGCGCAGCCAGUAUCGUUAGUGCAAUGACAGCCCAGGUCCAAGCAGCACUAGCGGCAGGGCGAUCUAUUGCCCCAGGAACGAAACUCCUCGGUGCCGAUGGGGCCGUCGGUAUUGUGCGCCACGAUCGCAGCGUUCUCCUUACAGCUCUACCACAUUCCGCUCGCGCAGCCCCACCUCCCUAUCCUGGUAUCCGCCCCCCGGGGAGUGCUGCCCCAACACCGCCUGCAGCGCAACAUCAAUUACCACAUCAGCCGACUCUUGCCGCACACCAGCAGCACCAUCAGCCGCCACCUCCACCGUAUCCUCAGCAACAGGAGCAACCGUUGCUUCUGGAGGAGCUGUUGGAGCAGGAGAAGAGAGAACAGGAGCGUGAGGGUGGGGAGUGGGGUGGUGCCGUAGGAACGGGGGCAGCCGUGGGAGUGGGAACAGCGGGUGUCGCAACGGUGCCCCCACCGGCUGUGCCUCUCUAUAGCGGAGUACCGCCACCUGCACCACCACCUCCUCCAGACCGACCUGUCACUGAAGCAGAUCAUCAUGCCCGACUUCUCUACGAACAAUGGCUCAAGAACUACAACGCCUACGCAGCUGAUCAACUGCGUUACUACGAGGCGGAAGUACAAAAACUCCGUAAGAUACGCAAGUCGCUGAAUAGCAAGCAACGUCAGUUAAGGAAAUCUGGAAACGAAUUAAUGCCGAAUGACGCUCAGGAACUACAACGAGUUUCCACUGAACAAUCCGCGUUGCAAAAGCACCUGGAAGCUGCAAGAAAACAAGCAAGACAACACAGUAUGCUUGUGCAGGAAUAUGAAACAAAACAACGUCAACAAAAUCCGCAGUUGUCGCAGCAAACAGUUAUAAAUCAACAACAAGUGGCAACAAAUCAAAAUACGUUUAAUCAAAAUCAAAAUAUAGGCCAAUCCCCGCAAAUGCAACAACAAUCUUUAAAUCGGCCAAUGCAAAUCGGUCUUCAAGGCUCUGGAAUACAACAACAACAGACACUCAUACGAACUCAACAGACCCUCCUAACUGCAGAUGGCCAGCCACUGCAGCAACAGAGAAUAGGGCUCGUUACUUCACCGUUAAACGCUCAAGGGCGCAUACUUCAAGGAGGGCGGACACUUGUCAUAGAGCAAACCGGUGCACCUCAACAGCAAUUAGUACGACAACUCUCUGGAGUUCAAGAGCGUGCUCAAUCAGUUGGUGGCAUAGUUCAGUUUGGACAACAACAACUACGGAACGCAAUGACUCCGGGAAACCAAACACCAAGGCCUGCUGGUUCCAGGCCGGCGAUGUCACCUCUCCAUGUUCAAUCACCUCAUUCGCAGUCACCUCUUCAUUCUAUAGCUCCUCAGUCACCCUUACACCACUUAACUUCACCAAUGCAAUCGCCACUUCAUUCGCAACAAUCUCCGUUGCAUCACACUUCUCAAUCCCCUUUACAUUCAUCAACGCAAUCACCUCUUCAUACUCAGCAGUCUCCAAUGCAUUCGCAACAAUCUCCAAUGCACGUGCAAGGGUCGAACCAUCCGCAGCAAAGUCCAAUGCAUCCACAACAAAGUCCGAUGCAUCCGCAACAGUCGCCAAUACACCAACAAUCACCACUUCAUGCGCAGAAUCAAAUGACAGCGCAUUCACCGAUGCAUCCUCAACAAAGUCCGAUGCAUCCCCAUCAAAGUCCCAUGCAUCCUCAACAAAGUCCUAUGCAUCCCCAGCAAAGUCCAAUGCACCCGCAACAGAGUCCGAUGCAUUCCCAACAGUCGCCAAUGCACAUACAACAGUCACCGUUACAUACUCAACAAUCGCCAAUGCAAUCGUCUAUGUCACCACAGCAUUUUCUGCAACAGCUGCAGGCACAAAGGACGAGUCCCCAAUUACCAACACCGAGUCGGAGUCCGCAGAUAUAUCAACAAUCUCAAAUACAGAGCCCCGUAACAUCUCACUCACCACAAUUACAAAGUAACGACUACACGGGAAGAUUUUCUCGCCCGGCUCCAGGUUGUUCACCCUUACCGACGCGAUUCGCUCGACCGCCACAUCAUCAACAGGGAAUGAGAGUUGGAGUGCCUUUUGGUACGCGACAACAAACUUCGCCGUUAGGCAGUCCACAACCCCUCCCAUCACCUGGAAACAAUUCUAAUGAAAUUGCUAGACAGCAAAUGCUUCAACGCCAACAAUAUAGCCCAAUGGGAGGGGCACCAGCUUCGCCUUCAGUGUCGCGCUCGCCACACGUUGCAAGAACUCCUACUCCGUCAGCUUCACCUGCUGCAUCACCAGCACCUCCUCAUCAUGACCAUGGUGGUGGACACCAUCAUCAUAUAGCUCCAAUACCACCCGGAUACAGAUACUUCAAACCAGGUCUAUUUGGAGGCGGGCCAGGCUGGCCACCCAAAGAAGAAGAUCGCCGUAGAGGACACGUUAGCAAAAUAUCAAUAUUAAAACGUGGAACGCCGCGACCACGUUUCUCUGGAAAGACAGCUGCACCUGAUGCACACCAAGAUGAUGGGGAGUCGAGUGAUGCAAGGAAAUAUGUAUUAUAUUCCACGGAGAGUGUUGAUUAUGCUUCGUCAGAUGCUAGAAUGAGUUUUUCUAAAGAGGACGAUGAUCUAGAAAACUUAGUCGAAACCAUGGAUGAUGAUGAUAUAGUAGUAGUCGAGCCGGGAGCUAUAUCUCCUGAAGAACGUAUUGCUACGGAGGAAGAUUUCGAAGAAUUAAUUGAUAGUGGAAAACCGGAAGAUGAGGCAGAUGAGGAAACUCAUGACAAGACAGCCACAAGAACUGAAACCACGACUAAAACUGUUGCUGUAAUUAGCUUAGCGACAGCAAAGCAACCUACUGGUAAUUUACAACAGUAUAAACUAGUGAAUUCUUCAAACUCCGGUUUGACGCGGUUACCCGUCUUGAGUGCUACAGUUCUAUCACCCCACUCUAAUACAAAGAUUCUAAACGAAGUUUCUCAGGCAACUGUUGCUUCAGUUUCGAUUGCAAAUCAAACAAUUUCAGUACCCGUUUUAAAAAAUCUUUCUGUUCCGAUCGGAAGCGUGACAGGACAUAGCAGUGGAUUAUCGAAAACACAAAUAAAGAAAGUGCCUUUGAAUAUAACGGCAAAUCAACAAUUAAGUUUAUCAUCACAGCAACUUAGUAAACCGUUAAGCUCAGUUAUUAGCGUAAUAUCUUCAAAUGUGCCCAAAGGCUCGUGUAUAAAUCCUGUCAUUACUCUAGCCACAUCAAACACAAUGUCAGGACAGUCACGAGUCCCGGUCACCAUAAUGACCCAACAUCAAGUAAAACAAAAGAUUGUCAAAACAAUAGAAAAACCUAUGGGAUUAUCUCUCUCAAAUACUAAAUUGUCCAGUUUAUCAGUGACACACGAUGCUACGUUACCUGCUAAAAUAUUUCAGGACGAUGCUGCUUCUCCCGAUAGUACUGUUGUAUCUGAGAGUGGUCAUGAGCAACCGCCAGCUGCUCCUACAUCAGCACAACAUAAUAUUACUCUGUCGUCAGUUACCCAGGAAUCAAUACAAAAAGACUUAAAGCUACCGUUAAAAGACAAUAACAAAGACAUUGACAUCGAAAAUGAAAUAAGUCAGCAAACUGAGCUACCUCAUAGUCUUUGUUUGACUGAUCGAACACCGUUGUUAUUAGGGAAAGCAGAUAUAAAAAGUCCAGACCCAAUACCAGAAAAAAUUCCCGAUAAUAUUAUGGAAGGGGAUGACGAAGACAAACCAGAAGAUAACAUUCAAAAUAAUUUAAUGCUCUCUUAUGGUAAGUCAACCCAUGAACCGUCGACAACAGGGACUAAAACAGAUGAUAACGUAGUUAAGACUAUAAAAGCAAUCGCUAAUCAAACUAAAGAAAUGGUAAUUGGCUCUAAUAUGCAAAUAUCAUCUGAUAUGGCCCAAGAGUCAGUACAGAUAUCAAUUCCUUCGCCAACCCCUUCACAGGAACGAUAUCUUAAUGAUAUUACUAUGAGAGAACACACGGAAACCGUAGAAGGUAAUUCUAAACAUGUUGAAUCAUUUGAGGAUAUGUUAUGUAUGCUUGAUAAUAUAGGUGAAGAUGGGAAACAAUAUGGCUCUAAACAACAACAGUCUAAGCAGGCAGCAUCAAUGCACAAUCCUUCUAAUCCAAUAAACAAUCCUACACCGCAACAAGACAUUAAAGAAAUGCAAGAACCUUACCAAACGCGGGAACAGGAAAGAUUAGGCAUGCAAUCAGCGAGUGUCCCCCAAUUAUCGCCCUUAUCCCAGCCCGCUGAAAUGACAUCUAAUAUGGCUAGUGUUUCACAACAGUUAAGAACUAUAAUGUCGUCUCUUAAUACAAAUACAUCAAAAGCGGACCUGCAAACAGUUACAAGAAAAAGUGAUGCGACUACUCCCACUCAAGUGAACUAUGAGAAUUUGUUACCAUCUUCGAAGGUUGAAGUUGCCGCACCGAGACCCUCACCUAUACAAAAAAUUGAGAAGUCUCCGACAUCAAUUUCUUGUUCAGAUACAAUGCCUAUGAGUGCAGCGCAAGCGUUUGGAUCUCGUGUAAAUACUUUGUCUACGAUGGGGCAGAUACGAAAGUCGCCAACAGUGUCGCCAAUUAACUCUCCAGUUAAUAUGCCAAAUAAUUUGAUGAAAUCACCUGCACAAUCUCCUCUUAUAACUACUCAAACAAUGACGAAUCAAUCAUUCAAUCCUAAUGAUGAUACCAUUGCGACAUCGAUACAAUCGCAAAUAAUACAAAUGCCUGCUUUGUCCAAAAUUCAAAAUAAUUUAAGCACAUCACAAGUGAUAUACUCACAUAACAACACUAUUACGACAAGUAUAAGUAAUUUUCAAAAAUCUCAAGUAUUGCCAACAAGUAUAUUAGGACACACGUUACUUCAACCUGCGAGACAAAUUAAUACUAGUAACCUUCAGUUUAAUCCGCAAAACAUAAGCUCCAGUCAGCCACCCGCGCUCGUAAUGACAUCGAGGUCAAUUUUAACCAACAAAGAACCCGCUCCUAAUGUAACCGUACGUACGCAUAGUAUAGUCAAUUCUGGUAUAAAUCAAAUGCAAAUAAAGCAAACUCAGGGUCCACUUAACUUUAUAACUUCCUCAAAAUUGUUGCAUACUCAACUUACUUCUCCUUUGAAAAGAUCUAAGUCUACAGACGAGCCAAAAAGUGAAGUUAUUGUAGGACACAUACAACCUACAAAACGGCAUAGCGUUGAGUCAGUCAUUGUUAAAUCGGAACCUAUGGAAACUGAUGAGCAAAAUUCAACUACUACGAUUGCUGAUAAUACUGUAAAUAAAAAUUUACAACAACAAACCGCUAAUCAAAGAAACGAUGAAUCCCAAAAUGUUUUAUUAAAACAACUUUUACAAACAACGACUACGACGUCGAACGUCGUGCCACAACGGACAGUAACAAUUCAAAGAACGGCGCCAGCCUUAGGAACAAUACCAUCGUUAGAAGCACAAUUAGCGAGACCUUCUAUUCCACCUCCUACAAUAUCUUUAACACAAGAGGUUGAAAUACCAAAGAAUUCCCCAAGACACGUAACAAACGUCAGUCAACCUUUUACAAGCCGACCAUUGACUAUUCCUACAUCAUCUAUGUCGCCGAUGUUGCACACGUCAACUCAGUCCUUAAUGGACGUAAGAAAACAACCUGUAAAAUUAAUUAACAAAGAAGAUACAACACCACUUCCUGAGAGUUCCCCUACCAUGAAAUCUUUGCCGAUGUAUCCAAUGAGUGUAGAAAAUCAACAAAUAUUACAACAUCAACAAAUGAUAAAAAAAGAAGUACUUCCACCACAACAAAGUCCUAUCCAUAGGCCAUUUACCCCGAUGGAUGUGAAAAAAGAACUUCUAGAUGAAAGCUCGCAACAAUCCGCGACAUCUGGUGUGUCAACUGCUUCAGACCAAGGAAAGCUUGACCAACCACUAAAAGAGGAAUAUCCGGAAAGCGUUAUUAUGGAUAACGUAUCUGAAAUAAAUCCUUCAGAAACUCCAUCUGAAGCAAAAAAACGUAAAAGAAGGGAAUAUCAACAAAAAAAGAGGAAGCAAAUGCAGAUGAAUUUAAAAGCAGCUACAGAAAAUGGUAUUAAUGCUGCAGCCAAGAAAAGGCCCCGAAAGGGCUCCAGAUAUGAAGAAGAUUAUGACACUUUUAUAGAUAACCUAAUGGCACAGUUACGUCUUUUACCUCCAAUGCAAAUUCAAGAACCAUCUCUGACUACAAAUUUUGCAGUUUGUCCGUUGUUUGGAUCAGGAGAUUUAACGAAAUUGAAAAACAAAGACUAUGAUAUAUUAAGAGGUGACUUAGUUGGUGAAUUUGGCAAUGCUAAAAUUCCUAACGUGGCGGAUUACUAUAACACCAAACCAUUUGGAGAUGAGGAACCAUUGCCUGAGAAACCAGCCGCGUCUACGCAACGAGGAUUUUACGACCAGGAGUUUCAACCGAUAUUAUUUGAAGAAGACCCCGAAGAUAAAAAACUUGACUUCAUUUGUAAAGAGCGUGACACAGAUACACCGGACACUAUCGUUAGUUGCUCGAGCCCAGAAGGAUUUGAAAUUGAAUCGGAUGAUAGAUUCCCAGGCCUUAAACUCAUUGAUGAUGAUGAAGAAGAAGAUGACGAAGAACUGAUUACGCCUGGUCGCAUAUCUCCUGUUAUUCCUAUCAUUACUCCCAUACCUAUUAGAGUUAAACCAUUAUCCUUAUACCAACUAAAGGAUGAGGAAGAUGGUCACAAACAAUUAAAGACUAUUGAGAAUGAUUCUCUUGUUAAGACAAAACUAGAAGACUCGCCGAGCAACACAGAUAGUAAUGAGAACGUAACCGUAACUCUUACCCUUACUUCGGGAGCUGCAGAAGAUAUAUUAGGAGUCCUAAAAGAAUUAGCGGGUAUUUUGCAUAUUCCACCACCUACAUCUUAUCAAAUUGUUGAACGUACGGCUACACCGCCCUCUCAUAAAUUGGGAUUAUAUAGAUCAAAAGGAAAGGAUGGUAAAGAAGGAGCACCCAUUGAUAUUCAAAGCAUUUUGAACGGUGCUGCCAAGUUCUGUCGGCACUGUGAUGUUGUUAUACUAGAUUCCGUAGUGAGAGCGAAGGCGUCGGAAUUUCCAUUACUAGCAGCAAACAAAGGCAACGCUGAAGAAAUUCUUUGUGACAGUGAUUCAGAGCUGUAUUUUUGUAGCACCCAAUGUUAUGAGCGUUUUGCAUGGCGACCAACAAAUAUUAUUCUCGACGGAAAAUCCAAAACAACAAUAAAAGAGGAUAGUAAAUCGGAUAUUGAAACAAAUUUGUCCAAAGAUCGAGAUGAUUUCGACACAGCUUCGACUGAAAGUAUGGAAACCGACGACUUAGACAUUAAGCCGGAUAUCAAAGAUGAAAAAAUGGACUUAUCCUUCAUGGACUCGUUAGAUAAUGAUGAGCUGAUGAAGGAAGUGGGUGACGACGUUAACGUGUUAGAUGAAGAUUUAAAGAGUGUCGAAACUGAUGAAAAAAGUAAUCAUAGCGUCGAGAAGGAGAAGUUUAAAGGAAUUCGUUACAAAUCGUGGGCCCCAGGAUGUAUUGGACCGCCAUUUAAAUAUAAACGCCCGACAGAUCGGGAGCUCACGGAGUUGGUUUUCCGCACGGGCGUCGCAAUUAUGCCCGUCACGAAUGAAGACAGUAGAAAGUGUGAAUUGUGUGGAAUCCAAGGGGAUGGUGUUGCUGAUGGAGUAUCAAGGUUGUUAAACUCUGAUGUCGAUCGAUGGGUACAUUUAAACUGUGCACUUUGGUCCCAGGGCGUGUAUGAGACAGUAAACGGAGCACUCAUAAAUGUGGAUAACGCGUUAGCGGUAGGGUCGAGCGCCACUUGUGCCGUUUGCAGAAGACUGGGGGCAACCGUGAGAUGCUUCAAAGUUCGGUGUGGAAGCUUAUAUCAUCUCGGCUGUGCUGUGAAAGAUAACUGUGUCUUUUAUAAAAAUAAGACGGCUUUCUGCGCUUCGCAUGCGCCUAAGAACGAAAAGGACAACGAGUUAACAACGUUGAGUGUACAACGUCGCGUCUACAUAGCUCGCGACGAACAGCGUCAGGUCGCUUCCGUGAUGUUACACUCUGACACGAACCACCUUAUAAGAGUUGGUGGUCUUAUCUUCCUUAGUCCUGGACAUCUUCUGCCACACCAGCUUGCUGCUUUCCACACACCCAACUAUAUUUACCCCAUCGGAUACAAGAUCGUUCGUUUCUUUUGGUCGAUGACUCGCGCAAACAGCCGCUGUCGUUACGUAUGCUGGAUCUCUGAGGAAGAAGGAAAACCGAGGUUCCACGUGCGUGUUCAGGAUGACUCGAGGCAGGAAAUGUGUGCUCCAACGCCGCGAGCCGCUUGGGCAGCAGUGUUAGACGCAGUGGCUGCUUUAAGAGAAGCUAGGAAUGAAGAUGGCGUAUUAAAAUUAUGGCCCAACUAUGUGACGGGAGAAGAUCUGUUUGGACUCACCGAACCUGCCGUUGUUCGAGUAUUAGAGAGCUUACCUGGUAUCGAGACGCUGACAGACUAUCGCUUCAAGUUUGGGCGUUCCGCAUUGCUCGAGGGUGGUCUCGCGGUGAAUCCUUCGGGGUGUGCGCGUUGCGAGGCUCGCUGCGCACGUGUUUGGCGCCGAAAUACGAGAUCGCUAUUACCUACUCAGCCACCGCCUGCUGCUGCCCUAGACAGUCCCGCCUGCCCUUACUCCAAACAGUUCGUUCACACGAAGAGCAGCCAGUACAAGAAAAUGAAGCUCGAAUGGCGGAACAACGUUUAUUUAGCGAGGUCAAAAAUACAAGGCUUGGGAUUGUACGCGGCUCGUGAUUUAGAAAAGCACACGAUGGUGAUAGAAUAUAUCGGUGAAAUUAUACGGUCUGAACUCUCCGAGAUUCGUGAGAAGCAGUACGAAGCAAGGAACCGCGGCAUUUACAUGUUCCGCCUGGACGAGCGACGCGUGGUGGACGCUACGCUUUGCGGUGGCCUCGCGCGAUACAUCAACCACUCGUGCCAGCCUAACUGCGUCGCGGAGACCGUGGAGGUCGAUCGACAUCUGCGCAUCAUUAUAUUUGCCAAGAGGCGCAUCUCCCGCGGAGAAGAGUUGGCGUACGACUACAAAUUCGACAUAGAAGAUGACGCUCACAAAAUUAUGUGUAUGUGCGGCGCUCCCAACUGCCGUAAGUGGAUGAAUUGA